GCGGUGCCUUUCUCGCCUGGCACCUUGGCUGAGUGGAGUUCUGCGGCCGGGCGUAGUCGGCGGCCCAGCGGACCGGAGCGAUGAGGAAACUGAAGCACAGAAAGGUUAUAUAGUUUGCCCAGGUCAUACACCAAAUGAUGGAGACAAGAGUUAAACCCAGAUCAUCCGAUUCCAGCAUCUAAGCUCUUCACCACUUCAUGAUAUUGCCUCUCCAGCCAGAACAGUGCCUCAUCCUUUGUAGGUGGCCAUCAAAUGCUACUCAAAAUCUUUUUGAGAAGAAGAAAAAGAGCAGUCGAUAAUCACGUUACUAUGAGUCUGCUACACUGUGAAAACAGCUGUGGAUCCAGCCAGUCUGAGAGCGGCUGCUGUGCUGCCAUGGCCGCCAGCUCCUGUGGUGCUGCUGCAAAAGAUGACAGUGUGAGUGGAACGGCCAGCACAGGGAAUCUUUCCAGCUCUUUUAUGGAAGAGAUCCAGGGGUAUGACGUGGAAUUUGACCCACCCCUGGAAAGCAAGUAUGAAUGCCCCAUCUGCUUGAUGGCAUUACGGGAAGCAGUGCAAACACCAUGCGGCCACAGGUUCUGCAAAGCCUGCAUCAUCAAAUCAAUAAGAGAUGCAGGUCACAAAUGUCCAGUUGACAAUGAAAUACUGCUGGAAAAUCAACUAUUUCCUGACAAUUUUGCAAAACGAGAGAUUCUUUCUCUGAUGGUGAAGUGUCCAAAUGAAGGUUGUCUGCACAAGAUGGAACUGAGGCAUCUUGAGGAUCAUCAAGCACAUUGUGAGUUUGCUCUUAUGAAUUGUCCCCAAUGCCAACGUCCCUUCCAAAAAUGCCAACUUAAUAUUCACAUUGUCAAGGAGUGUCCAAGGAGACAGGUUUCUUGUGUAAACUGUGCUGUAUCGAUGGCAUUUGAAGAUAAAGAGAUUCAUGACCAGAACUGUCCUUUGGCAAAUGUCAUCUGUGAAUACUGCAACACCAUGCUCAUCAGAGAACAGAUGCCUAAUCAUUAUGAUCUAGACUGUCCUACAGCCCCAGUUCCAUGCACAUUCAGUGCUUUUGGUUGCCAUGAAAAGAUGCAGAGGAAUCACUUGGCACGCCACCUGCAAGAGGAUACCCAGUCGCACAUGAGAAUGAUGGCCCAGGCUGUUCAGACUUUAAGCCUUGCGAUAGCUCCCGCACCUCAGCGUGGCAUGCUGCCAUGUGAUUCUACCUCUCUGCCCCGGGUUUCCUCUGGGUGUCACUCAGAGGUCCAGAAUUUCCAAGAAACCAUUCAACAGUUAGAGGGUCGCCUUGUAAGACAAGACCAUCAAAUCCGGGAGCUGACCGCAAAAAUGGAAACUCAGAGCACGUAUGUAAGUGAGCUAAAACGAACUAUUCGAACCCUUGAGGACAAAGUUGCUGAAAUAGAAGCACAGCAGUGCAAUGGAAUUUACAUCUGGAAGAUUGGCAACUUUGGGAUGCACUUGAAAUCUCAAGAAGAGGAGAAACCUGUUGUCAUUCACAGCCCCGGAUUCUACACAGGCAAACCUGGCUACAAACUAUGCAUGCGCCUGCACCUGCAGCUACCGACUGCACAGCGCUGUGCCAACUACAUAUCCCUCUUUGUCCAUACAAUGCAAGGAGAGUAUGACAGCCACCUCCCUUGGCCCUUCCAGGGUACGAUACGCCUUACCAUCCUUGAUCAGUCUGAAGCACCUGUAAGGCAAAACCAUGAAGAGAUAAUGGAUGCCAAACCAGAGCUGCUUGCCUUCCAGAGACCCACAAUCCCACGGAACCCCAAAGGGUUUGGCUAUGUGACUUUUAUGCAUCUGGAAGCCCUAAGACAAAGAACCUUCAUCAAGGACGACACGUUAUUAGUACGCUGUGAGGUCUCCACCCGCUUCGACAUGGGCAGUCUUCGGAGGGAGGGUUUUCAGCCACGAAGUACUGACUUGGGGAUAUAGCAUCCCCUGAUUUGUUUAAGAAACAAAAAACAGAAAAAACAUGUGGAGAAAACUUGCCCUGUUUUCAAUAACAUACAAACAAAAAAAGCAAUGGGGAAGAUAUUAUACCCACCAGUGAAUGUGGUUAGAGAGGCCACUUACCACUUUCCUGUUAAAAAUAUCUGAAGCAGUUUUCUCAGGAAUGUAGUGUUCCAUGCCUUUUCAAAAUUGUUACACUCAAAGUGCCUGUGGCCUACUGCAGCAGUUGUUUGUCUAGUAGGAUAUCUCUUUGUUUUAUUUUCAUGGGCUCUUGCUCCAGGGGGGUUUAUUGUCAAACCCAGGGUUGGAAUAGUAAAGCUCAAACCUUUUAAUAAUAAUGGAAGUUCCAUAAAAUUUCCACGUAUUUUUAUAGUGUUAGAUGCAAUAUAUUAAACUUGAGAAUCACUACCGCCUCGUGCUGGUGCCAGCAAGAAGAAUUACUACUCUUGAGUUCUCAUUUUAUUUGACCUCCUAUAGAUUUCAGAGGAUUUGAACCAUAAUCCUUGGAAAGUUUAAGUUCUCAUUAACCCUGUUUUUUCCGCCUGCAGGGUGUUAUUAAGGAUAUUCAGGGACUAGUUUAAACCC